AUCAUAUUACAUCUCCACUCUAGUCUCAACUUAAAAGCUUUUGACUCUAGUGGCAUUCUCGUCUUUUUUGAAGAAUUUUGCUCUUCAAUUUGAGUCGAAAGUGUCCUCUAACAAAUUACUAUUUUUAUGGUGUUUUCAAACAUGAUACGUUUUUAUGAUAUCUAUCAUAAAUGUAACUAAACGGAGUUGAUCAACGCUCACGACCACGCUGAUGUUGGAACAGCCGAACAGGUAAAUAAAACUAGCCUAGUAGUAUAGCCUUGGAAUUGAUCGGUCGAUUGAGAUCGUUGUGAGAAUGUAGGGAGCUUUGCUCCCGGCCGUUGAUUAUUCGGCCCUUUCAACUUGGUACAUUAAUUUUCUCCGGCCCACAAGUUGUUCUCGCUGUAAACUUCCAUCAUGCGGCCCAUGGCUGCAGGAAGGCCGUGCGUAGAACGUUGCGUAUGAAUGUUACCCCUGCAUGCUGAUUGGGAUAAUUACCGUUUACCGUUUACCAAGUUGCUAAACUUCAGGAAAUUAAUCAGGAUGACGACCCUUUGAAAAAUUUGAUCCAUUACCUCGUGUUGAUUAGUUGAUAUUUCCUGUAAAUCAUUCUCACUAGAUGUCCUCGACCCGUGACUGGCCGGUUGAUCCUCUUUCUUCUCUCUUUUUUACCAAGGCAAAGGUAUCUAAUUCGUGUAUAAAAAUGAGGGAGCAAGGUAGAAGUAGAGCUACACUCAACUGUAUCUCUACAGUUAGCGCAAUCAAACUAAGCUGCUAUUAUGGUGGCCUCCCCAGUAAAAACGUUGUUCUUGCCGUCGCUGCUGCUCCUACACAUCCACCUCCUCCACCUCUUCAUUCCUUCAUCAGCAGCUACGUACACCAAUCACACCGGAGCCCUCUCACCAAUGGUUCUAUGCUUACCUGACCAGGCAGCGGCUCUGCUCCAACUGAAAAGGUCCUUCUCUGUCACAAACAACUCCACUGCCGCCUUCCGAUCAUGGAAGGCCGGCGAGGACUGCUGCCUGUGGGAAGGCGUCCGCUGUGGUGACGCUGACGGCCGCGUGACAUGGCUUGAUUUGGGGGACUGUGGCUUGGAGAGCAGCCGUCUCGACCCGGCGCUUUUCGAGCUGAUUUCUCUAGAAUAUCUUAACCUGGGCGGAAAUGACUUCAAUGUGUCUGAAAUUCCAUCCACCGGGUUCGAGCGGCUAAAUAAUCUCACCCAUCUUAACCUCUCCACCUGCAACUUCGCUGGUCAGGUGCCUGCACAAAGUAUCGGUCAACUCACAAAUUUGGUCUCUCUUGACAUUUCCUUUCACUCCGAAAUAAUUGAGAUAUUUGACGGGAGUUAUUUGUUUGGAGGUGAUUUCACUCACCCAUGGCAGCUCAAUCUACAAAAUUUUACAACCUUAGUUGCAAACCUUAGCGGUUUGAAGGAGCUGCAUCUUGGCUUCCUGGACAUAUCCGAGCAGCAAACCGAGUAGUGCAAUGCUCUAGCCAAUUAUACUCCAAAUCUCCAUGUUCUUAGCUUGCCGUUUUGCCAGCUCUCUAGCCCCAUUUGUGAAUCGCUCUCUCGCUUGCGCUCACUAUCAGUGAUUGACCUACAAUACAACUUUUUGACUGGUCCAGUUCCAGAGUCCUUUAACAACUUCUCCUCUUUGACUGUUCUCCAGCUCAGGUAUAAUAACCUAGAAGGAUGGGUAUCUCCUUUAAUCUUUCAGAACAAGAAACUGGUGGUUAUUGAUCUUCACAGAAAUCCCGUCUUAUCUGGUACUUUGCCUAAUUUCCUUGUCGGCAGUAGCUUGGAGAGUUUGCUUGUUGGUCACACCAACUUCUCUGGUACAAUACCAAGUUCCAUUAGCAACCUCAAAUCUUUUAAAGAGCUGGGCCUUGAUGCAAGUGGGUUUUUUGGAGACCUGCCAUCAUCAAUAGGUAAGCUUACAUCCUUGAACUCAUUGAAGGUAUCCGGUCUAGAGAUAGUAGGAUUGUUUCCCCAAUGGGUCACAAACUUAACUUCCUUGGUGGUCCUUGAGUUUUCCCAUUGUGGCUUAUAUGGAACUCUACCAUCUUCUAUUGGAGAUUUAAAAAAGUUGACAAAAUUAGCACUCUAUGACUGCAACUUUUGGGGGGAAAUACCUCGACAUAUCUUCAAUUUAACACAAUUGGAUACCAUCCAUCUUUGCUCGAAUAAUUUUGUUGGCACCGUCGAACUUGCCUCAUUCCAGAUACUAAGAAACCUAUCUGACUUAAACCUCUCAUACAACAAAUUAAGUGUAAUAGACGGUGAAAAUAAUUCUUCUCAGGUAUCCUACCCAGAUAUUGAUUACUUGAGCUUGGCGUCCUGUAACAUAACUAGAUUUCCGAACAUUUUGAGGCAUAUAGAUUAUGAGAUUAAUGGCAUUGAUCUUUCACA